UCUGAGUUUAUGUAACUUGUAAAAUAGGUGACCAUGACUAAUAAUGAAACCUCCAAGCCUUGGAGACCAUUCGGCUCGAAAUGUUGCUCAGCUGAUGGCCAAACAAUUAUGGGGAAUAUGAGGACGUCCAAGUCUGACUUCUCCAAUAACAGUUCCCCCAUCCCAUCGUUUCGACUAUUGUCAUUUUCCGACCUCAGUCAUUCGUCGUCGACGCAUAUCAACGAGGACCUUGCCCAGUCUUUUGGGGGUGAUUUGUAUGAUUUCAAGCUAAGCGAGCUGCGGGCCAUAACCCAGAACUUUUCAGCGGAUUAUUUGCUAGGGGAAGGUGGGUUCGGGACUGUGCAUAAAGGGUUCGUGGAUGAGAAGUUGAGGCAGGGUUUGAAGGCUCAAAAUGUUGCUAUCAAGCUUUUGGACGUUCAAGGCCGUCAAGGACACCGUGAAUGGCUUGUAGAAGUAAUAUUGUUGGGGCAGCUGCGGUACCCUCACUUGGUGAGAUUGAUUGGGUAUUGCUGUGAGGAGGAACAACGUCUCCUUGUAUAUGAGUUCAUGCCCAGAGGAAGUUUGGAGAACCAUUUAUUCAAAAGGACAGGGAUCUCAACAUCACUGCCAUGGGGCACCAGAUUGAAGAUUGCCAUUGGAGCCGCAAAAGGGCUUGCAUUCUUGCAUGGGGCUGAGAAUCCCGUCAUAUAUCGUGACUUCAAAACUUCAAAUAUCUUGCUUCAUUCUGAUUUUACGCCCAAGUUAUCGGAUUUUGGACUUGCCAAGCUGGGGCCUGAGGGAUCGGACACGCAGGUCACGACUCGCGUUAUGGGGACCUAUGGGUAUGCUGCACCGGAAUAUGUAUCAACAGGUCAGUUGACGACGAAGAGUGAUGUGUACAGCUUCGGAGUAGUACUACUAGAGCUGAUUACAGGAAGAAGAGCAGUGGAGAAAUCAAGGUGUAAGAAUGAGCAAAACCUGGUUGAUUGGGCUAAACCCUACUUGAACAGCAGUCGGAGGCUGCGCUAUAUCAUGGAUCAAAGACUUGGCGGCCAGUAUUCCGUGAAAGGAGCAAAACAGGUGGCUCAUCUGGCUUUCCAAUGCAUUAGUUUGAACCCUAAAGACAGGCCGAGGAUGCCAACCGUUAUUGAAACACUUGAGGCCCUGCUGCACUGCAAGGACAUGGCAGUCUCCUGUGGUCAAUGGCCUGUCUCCAAUACAAAGAUUGGAGCUGCUAAUUGCAGAGCACAAACUAGAAAGGGCGUUCAGAAUAAAAAAUCCACUUCAGCUAAUUCAAUUCCAAGGAAGACUGUAUGA